AGCUAUCAUUUUUUUGGUAACGCACGUAAAUUCACUUCCGACUGAUUGACAGUGUUCCACUGUUCUGUUUGUUUACAAUCAAAAGUCAGCUGAAAUAUAUUUUUGUGGGUGCUUUAUUCAUCAAAAAUGUCGACAUCCGUAAUUCUAGCAGGGUUGGGACUAGCCGCAAUUGGUUUCGGUGGCCGGGCUUUGCUGCGUCAAAUGCCUAAUGCGGCAAGCAAAAUGCAGGAAGCGCUUCAAAGUUUGCCUAAAUUUGACGCUAAAUCGAUGGCUAAUUCCAAAUACUAUCGCGGAGGCUUUGAUCCAAAAAUGAAUAAAAGAGAGGCCGCUCUUAUACUAGGUAUUAGCCCGUCGGCAUCAAAGCUGAAGAUCAAAGAUGCUCAUAAAAAAAUUAUGUUACUAAAUCAUCCAGAUCGUGGAGGUUCACCAUAUUUAGCUGCUAAAAUAAAUGAGGCAAAAGAUUUCUUGGAUAAUGCGAAAUAGCUACCACGAGCAAAGAAUUUGUAAAUAUUGAACUGAAAUUUUAAUAAAUAGUGUAGCAGA